AUGAAUUUCACAGCUGUACCUGCCUUGUGUCCUAAAUGCAUCUCUUUUCUUCAGCUCAGAGCACUGCUCCUCAUGCUGCUGGCCCUGCUCUCAGCCAGCACUUCGCCCUUCGAGAAGGCAAUCAAGCCUGGAGUCAAGCCACAGAGCCUCUUCAAGCAAGCUUAUCCUGGAUGUCCGACCCAAAAAGACUCAAAAUUUCCCCAAACUGUGAGAGUCAACAUAAGCAUCAGCAACACAAACCAGGACACCAAAGCAAGUCUCAAUGUGAGCAGCCGCUCUCUGUCUCCGUGGGAUUACAGGAUCGAUGAGGACCACAACCGCUUCCCCCGGGUGGUCGCGGACGCCGAGUGCCGCUACCUGAGGUGCUUGAAUUCCGACGGGGAGCUGGACCACGGCCUCAACUCGGUCCCCAUCACGCAGGAGAUCCUCGUCCUCCGGAGGGAGCAGAAAGGUUGCCAGCAAUCCUUCAGGCUGGAGAAGAAACUCAUCACUGUGGGCUGUACCUGUGUCACCCCCCUGACGAAACCCCAGGCUUGA